AUGGAGCGGGAGUAUGUGGUGGAAGUCCUGGGGCACGUCCAGGAGCGCACGCACGUGAAAUACUGCAUCGUGACAAGCACGGCAGAUGGCCGGCAGUGGCAGGCUUAUCGCCGCUUCCGUGACCUCUUUGAGCUCCAUAACCUCUUGCGCCCAAAGCUUGGCAACAGUCGGGCAGCGCUGCCUGCUAGACGCGCCUACGGAUUCGGGAAGCUGCUGUACGGACAUGAGCAAGACUCAGACUUCGUCCUGGAGCGCCAGCAUGAGCUCCAGACGUACUUAAACGCAACAGUGGCUGUAGAUGCCGCCUUGUGUGCCAGUUUGCGCAGCUUCUUGGGUCUGCCGUUACUCCCAGAGUCUCUGAGUUUACAGCCAGAGCUCAACAUCCCCUCCGACGCAGGGAAGUGGAAGACUCAUGGCAAGCUCGAUCUACGGCUUUUGCGCACCCUCUUCAGCUCAAGCUUGUCCUCAGAGCGUAGAAAGCGCCUUGUGGGCAUACCACUAUCUGUUGUGGAGCUGCAUGAUGUAGCCCAGACCGUCUCAGAGAUGGUUGGCGCCGCAUCAACCUGCGUCUUCCGCGCAGCUUCACGCGCAGUUGCCGAGAGUGUCCGCCGCAGCCUGGCAUACCUGCUGACCUGCACCUCCAGAAUCUACGUCUUGAGCUGUUGGCAGGGGCGCACGCCCGCUCUUUCCUUGUUUCAUCCACACACACAUACGUUUGAAGAUUUUGAAGCUCCUUUGUCAUCUUACUCCGCGGUGGCCUCUCGUGGUGGGAACCUUUUCGUGCUCACCGCAGAGGACCAGGUCGGGAGCAGCGGCACCACCUGGUCGAAGCCGCGUUUCCUGCGCUUCGACGUGAUGCGUCGAGAAUGGCAUGCCCUGCCACCCCGGCCGGGUGAGAGCGCCACCCGCUACGCCCUGGCGGCUGCAGGCUCCUCAAUCUACGCGUUCGGAGGGAUGAGCCGCCGGGGGGUUCUGGGUGCAGCUCACCGCUUCGAUCUGAGAAGGGGGAGCUGGGAGGCGCUCCCGCCGAUGCGUUGCCCACGCUGCGACCUUGCCACCGCGGUACGGGGCGGCGAGAUUUUUGUCAUCGGUGGCAGCGAGGCCUCCGGAGAGGCGAGCAAUGUCGUUGAGCGCUUCCACGUUACCGCGCGACAGUGGGGAUCCGCUCCGCCGCUUCUCCAGCAACGCCACUCAGCCAGUGCCACUGCUCUGGGCUACGACCUCUUCGUGUUUGGCGGUGGGGCUGUAGCAAGGGACCACCUCUUGGCGGAUGCAGUGUCCCCUCCGAUGGUUGAGCACCUGACGGAGGACGGCUGGGAGACGCUGGAGUCCCCGACUUUGCAACGGCACGGCUGCGGCGCCGCAGCUGCGGCAGGGCAGGUGUUUGUUUUCGGUGGCUACUCCUCUGAGUUUGCUGAAGUCGACCGGUGGGAUGCAGAGUCCCAGCAGUGGGAAACCCUCCGUCUCCCUGGGAGACUCCGAGGGGUCUGUGCCGCUGCCGCGGCCAUCUCUUAG